GAUAGGUAAAUAUAUGCCUAUUGGUGUGUACUCGAUACCUCAUAUACAAGUGGCAGCAUGAAUACACCUUAGCAUAAACAUUAGCAAUAAUAUUAAUAAUAAUAAUAACAGAAAACAAAAUAAUCAAAAAAAAAGAAAUAAUCUAAAAAUGGCGUCGUACAGAGAACUGGGUCCUACAGAACAAUAUCUGAACAAAUGCCAUUCUCAUGGAAACCAAAACAUAGUUGUAGCGCUAACUAUUCAUACAAGACAACCUCUGGACCUAGGUGUUGUCCAAGUUGGAUUACAAGAAUUACAACAUCAAAAUCCGCAACUUACGGCGAGAAUCCAAACAAUUGGAUCCAGACAAGUGUUCGCUCCCAUGGAAUGCCCAGUUCUGCCUCUUGAUACACAGUUUGCUUGUUCCGACUUUAUACAUGAACAAUUCAAUAUUGAGACAGGACCUCUCUGGCGGGUUCAGAUUGUAAGUCAGACAACCCUAGAGCUUGCAAGAAUAAAUUUUGGACCUGAGGUUGAAGCAAUAAUAGAAGACGACUCUAAUCUUGAAACAAGAUGGCGCUAUUUACUCAGAUAUAUGCAGGGGCAGCUCAAUAGAGAUAUUGAAAACUUCGGAGAAAGCGAAGAUGAGGAAGGAAGAAGUAUCGUCUUCAUUAGUUUUCAUCCUUCAAUUACAGAUGUUCCUGGAUCAUUAAAUCUUGCCAAACAAUUUAUGGAUAUUUUGGAAUUAAAGCUUCAAACUUCAGAUGAACCGCUGAGUUUAGGAGGAACAGGAGAGUUCCCUCCUUCUUUAGAAACCAUUCUUCCAUCAUCAGAUUCAGUUUUUCAUUUCACAGAUCUAGUUCCACUUGUGAAAGCUGUUGGAGGUCACUUCAUGAAUUUAAAGAGAAGUGCCUGUGAUAACCUACUAGUCGAUUCUGCAAGUGCCAAUGGUAAUGAACCUCGAAGUAAAUAUUUGCGAGGUUGGUUAACCGAGGCUGAAACAAGGGAGGUUGUUGGUAGAUGUGAAGAGGACGAGGUCACUCUGCAUGGCCUUGUUCUAGCCGCAGCACUCACUGCCAUGGCGAGGAUGUGUACAGUUCAAGGGGAGGCAGUAAGAGCGCUUCGCGCCUGCAUAGCAACAAAUAUUAGACAAUACUGUACCCAGGCACCUAGAACCGGUUUAUAUUCUUCAGUGUACGAGGAUUCAUUCCAAAUCCCAUCCCAGCUCAGCCAACCAAAGCUAGCGGUUACGUCACAGGAGCUGUGGUGUUUUGCCCAACUGCUUACAACAGCCCAUAACACAGCAAAGGCCAACAAAAUGGCUUUAAGGCAUGUAAGAAUGGUCGGCAGAACCAUAGCAUCUGGCAGCCUGGACAAUACUUUUAAGGAAAUGGAAGAUAUUCGGAAAGUCGAAGCGGAGAUGCAUCUCAAUAUUCUCGGAGAUAUAGGCCACAUUUUUAGAGAAGAAAACAACGAGAAACAUCAAGUGCUGCUGGAGGAUGUUGGUGUGAUGGUUUCCGGUCAGAACAUGGGGUACCCCCUCUCACACACAGCUCAUAUAUUCAGAAACAGGUUGAAUUAUAUGAUGACCUACUAUACUAACUAUUUGGAGACAUCAACAGCCUUACUACUUAGAGAUGAGACUAUAAACCUACUCCGACUAGCAUCUGAACAAGAGUAGGUUUUAAAUCAUACAUCAACCGCCCUACUAAGUUGGUUUAGCUUUCUGCAAAAACACGUAUCCCUGAAAAGUGGAUAUUUAAGAAGAAACAUUUAUGUUUUACUUUACAUUAAAGGAGCAGAAAAUAUUUUAAAUAAUCUAGAACUAGUUUUAGAUAUAUUUUAAAUAAUCUAGAACUAGUUU